AUGGAACCAAAGAAUAAUUCUGUAGUGUCUGAGUUCAUCUUGCUAGGACUGACCAAAUCUCAGAACCUCCAAAUUUUCUUCUUCCUGGGGUUCUCUUUGGUGUAUAUUGGAAUUGUAUUAGGAAACCUGCUAAUCUUGAUCACUGUGGCCUUUGACUCACAUCUUCACACUCCAAUGUAUUUUCUGCUGGCAAAUCUCUCAUUAAUUGACAUGAUCUUGGGCUCCUUUGCUACCCCAAAGAUGAUUGUGGACUUUCUACGAGAGCAGAAGACUAUCUCCUGGUGGGGAUGUUUCUCCCAGAUGUUCUUUAUGCACAUCCUUGGUGGGAGUGAAAUGAUGCUGCUUGUUGCCAUGGCGAUAGAUAGAUAUGUUGCCAUAUGUAAACCCCUUCACUACAUGACUAUUAUGAAUCAUCGGGUGCUUCUGGGACUGAUACUGACUUCUUAUGCAGUUGGUUUUGUGCACUCAUCAAGCCAGAUGGCUUUUAUGUUGAAUUUGCCCUUCUGUGGACCCAAUACUGUGGACAGCUUCUUCUGUGACCUUCCCUUGGUGAUCAAACUUGCUUGUAGAGACACUUAUGUGCUACAGCUUCUGGUAAUUGCUGAUAGUGGACUCUUGUCCCUCAUUUGUUUCAUUCUUUUACUCUUCUCUUACACAAUUAUAAUAUAUUCUGUUCGGCACAGAGCUUCUGGUGGGUCUUCCAAGGCUCUUUCCACUUUGUCAGCUCACAUUACUGUGGUAACUUUAUUCUUUGCACCAUGUGUCUUCAUCUAUGUGUGGCCUUUCAGUAGAUAUUCUGUUGAUAAAAUACUUUCUGUGUUUUACACAAUUUUCACACCCUUACUGAAUCCCAUAAUUUAUACACUGAGGAACCAAGAGGUAAAGGCAGCCAUUAAGAAAAUACGGAAUCAACACAUAAAUUCCAAACACAACUUGUAAUUGAGAGUUCUGAAGAAUUUUCUUCUCUAG